AGGUGACCAUGGCGUUGCUCUCCGUUGCUUCACUGUAAAGUAGACAUUUUCGUGGUUGCAUGCACUUUCCGACGCGCACCGAUCCAUCCACGCCCCUUGCUUUCCGUUGAUUGCACGAAUUUCCCAACUCGCUAUUCGCAACGUUGCCGCUAACGAUACGCAAAGAACUGCAAUUAUCCAAUGUCCAGCAAUCGAUCCUUACGACGUUCGAUGAAUACUGCAGUCGUCGCCUCGGUCCUUCUUGCUAGACAUACUACUCGCAGCUGUCGGCCUCGUCCGGCCUUUCUUGUUCCAUCGUUUGGCUCGCAAAAGGCAAAAUCCACACCGGCCCGUGGGGGGUUUUCGACGAACGCUGCCGAUCCUUACGGCAUCGUCCGCUCGGCUUCCUUGGACGCUACCGGACCUGAUGCCUGGAAGUCGCUUUCGUCACGAGAUUGUCAAAGGCUACUCGAAACGGCGUCGCAAGCAGCCAGAGCGGCGGGAGCCGUCAUCACGGCUCAUCUCGGAUGUGCUGCUGAACUGGAAGCAGGUGCCACGCACCAUUCCUCCCCAGCCAUUGACGUCAAAACCAAUAUAAAAGACAUUGUGACCGAAUACGAUAAGCAGGCCCAAUUGGCGGUCGAGACGAUUGUCCGUGCAGCGUAUCCCACGCACUCCUUUCUCGGUGAGGAAGAUGUCGAUCCCGGCGCAGCCGCUAGCGAAGCCGCCUUGUCCACGACUGUACAAAAUUCCGAGUCGGGCUACGUAUGGAUCUGCGACCCGAUCGACGGGACGGCCAACUUUGCCUCCGGACUCCGGUUGUGCGCCGUCACCAUGGCGGUUGUCUACCAAGGAAUUACGGUGGUCGGCGUCGUCUACGACCCGCAUGAGGACGAACUCUUUGCCGCAGUGCGUGGACAAGGCGCCACCGUCAACGGCCAACCCUUGCGCGUUGCCGAUACCGUCACCAACGUCCACGACGCCAUCGUCAACGCCGGCUGUCCGGCGGACCCCGCCGCCUUUGCCACCUCCAUGCGUGGCGUCCUGGCGUUGAACGGUACCUGCCGUGGGAUCCGUGUGGUAGCCUGCAGUGCCUUGACCUUGUCAUGGAUCGCGGCAGGCCGUUUGGCGGCACAUUUCGGCUACGAUUUGUCGAGUUGGGAUUUGGCUGCCGGAGCCUUGCUCGUACAAGAGGCGGGUGGUGUCGUGACGGGUUUGGAUGGAUCGGAAUAUCAACUGUCUACCCGUAACAUGCUCUGCAGUAACGGACACGUACACGAGGAUAUUUUGCAAGUAUUGCGCGAGGCGGACGCGGUCUCCUUUCGCCGGUCUCUGUAGACACAUUCGCGGAAUGCAGCAGGUACCGAGUGACGCACCCUAUCAGAGAAUCCAAUUGUGGCCCUCGUUCCAUUCGGUGGUUUUGUAUCCAUGUACUGCAUGUGUUUUUCUUUUCUAAUUGUGUAAAUGAGAUGUGUCGAGAGAAGGUAACACUACUAUAACGAAUUCAAAACUGA